GUAGUAAAUAAUUGGGUUCAAUUUGUCUCACAUCCUGAUUUGUCUUUAUAUAUCCCCCUUGCAAACUUCGGCUACACACUUCUUUUACAUACAGACUGCAGAGCACUAUUUUUUCAGUCCUCCUGAUUAAUUCUUCCUGGUUAGGAUUCCUUUCAGAGAUUCAUUGAAUCAUCGAUUCCCUCAACUGGGUCAUACAUAUUCCAACCUCAAAACAUUCCUUGCAAAAAAUUGACUCCCAAUUCAAAGAUCAUCAAGAAGAAUUGUGGAUGUUUCCUCAGUGUUAAAUGAUAAUACAUAUACAGCUACUUCGUUCCCCCAGAACUCUCCCCAAUUUGUCUUCUUUCUCCUAAUGGAAGAUAUAGAUAUGAUUUUUACAUUACAUUCAGUUUCAACGCUUUGGUGUGCUCGAAUGCUCUCUUUCUGGUUUGCUCCAACCACUCGCCCUCCUGGCCUAGAUCCUUAAAAACAUAUUUCAUUUGAUUGGUAACUUCUGAAUUCUUUGCUUUGUAGUAGCUCUUUUGUGGUAGCCCGGAAGUUAGAACUGAAAAAGGUUGAUCUUUGAAUUGGGAAACUCCAGGGUACACAUGAAUUCUUGACGAUACACAGAUUGUUCUUGCAUUGAAUUAUUGAUUUAUUGGUAGCCCGGAAGUCGAAUACUGCAUUUUGACCAUAGAUUGCCUUUUUGGGAUUCAACUUUACUGUAGAGCACUCAUUUCCGGGUGAAUCGUUUGGUUGAAUUCGAACCAAAUUGCUAAAAGUUAGGAUUUUUAGUCUUGUUAACAUACACAUUGGAAUUUACUUUGAGCUCUGAUAUACUCUCUCGGGUGCUUAUGUUGGAAUGAAAAAUGUGUAAUUUCAAUGGCUGGCGUUGAUGCUGAAUUGUUGAGUAGGAGCAACGUAUACUGAAUUGUUCAAGGCUUAAAUUCUUAUCAGUUUUGAGGAACUUAAAGUGAUUGUGGUGGGAAUUUGGAUACUGAUCAUAUGUCAGCUUCUCAAGCUUUAGUACUGGAUCGUGAGAGAGGGGAGUUGGUGAAAUCUUCUUCGAAAGUGGGGAAGAAAGGUGACCUAUCAGAGGCUAAAACAGCAGCAGCUCUGAAAAGCCACAGUGAGGCAGAAAGAAGGAGAAGAGAGAGGAUCAACAGUCAUCUAGCCACGCUUCGCGGUCUUGUCCCUGUAAAUGAAAAGGUUUGUACAAUUUUGAUCUGUUUUUACCAAUUCUUCUGAAUAUCUUAUAAUGAAAAGGCUAAUGAAUGUUUGAUAUCUAGGGAGUUCGUGUGCUUAACUUUUAGGUGCUUCCACUAACACAACACUUUUGAUCAAAAGGUUACAACUUCUGGUGAUCUCCUAAAGUAUGAGAAUAGUAUUGACUUAUACAAAGGACUCUUAGUUACAUCUGGAUCUAACAAACCUUUUUCAAGGUUUAUCUACGUUUAUGACAGCAUACAUGUAUAGUUGCUACUCUGCUUAUAGUAUUAUUGCUGCAGAUUCUUCCAUUUCAUCAGAAUAACUGUGUAUCUGCACCUCAUGGUACAUGCUGAUAAAUUUUUAUCUAAUUCUGUAUCAUUGUCAAUUUGUGAAACCAUGGCUGCUGGAUUUCAAACCAUUUGUGGUUUAUGUUUGUAUUUUAUUAGCCUAUGCAGGUGUAUUGUGAAUGAGUUUUAAUAUGGCAUCUCUGUGUCACUUUAUCGGUUCAUCAGUUCUUUCCCCUUUUGUUACUGAGGUCAAUGGAUGUGCUAUACUUCUGUUUGUGCUGAGGAUUGUUCUUGCUUCUGUUAAAGGAGAUGUAAAACAUCUGUUACUGACUCUAGAUAUAUAAAUUUCAAAAAACCAACAAUGAUACGUCACUAAUUUUACUUUACUCAGGUCUAUUGCUGUUUUAAAUACUUUUAUGGUAUGCAUUGAAGUUUGUACCCUGCAAAAAUAUAUUCUAACAUCCAGAGUCAAAUUUAAAGCUUAUAUAAUACUCUAUAUAAUGUAGUUUACAAAAAUCAAGCCAUUUCAGCUGGUGCAGUAUGGAUUCAUGACUGAUUAAUAUUAUAAAGUUGUGUUGCACACAUUGACUCAUUCAUAUCUUCACAUAAGGGUAGUUCAAUUAUAGCGCAAUGAUAACAUAUGAUUUUGGCCUACUUUUAGCGUAGUGAACGAGGGAGCAGUUGUGGCACUUCUCUAAGAUGAGAACAUUGACUUGAUAAAGCCACCUAAAUUUGUUUUAUUGUUAGUCCAAUCUAGUCAAAGGAAGGUGUGACUGUUUUGGCCUUUUUUUAACUGAUCUUGUCUUUUGUCUAAUCUAUUGCUUUGUGUGAGAUGGCAGCUCAGAGUAGCAGUCAAAACCAAUAAGCUUUUACUUGUUUUCAUCUCCUUUUUUUUUUUUUUAUAUAUAUUGCAUUUGUUUGAUGAAAAUUGUUUUUGAUUUGGCAUCAACUGCUAUAAAUAACGUGGUUGUACGAACACCGGUGUGGCGCUUGUUGUUGCUAUAGUCAAUGUCCUGACUCCAAUUAAGAGCAGUAACGGGAAACCCCUUUGUAAAAUGAUGGACAAGGCAACCUUACUGGCUGAAGUUAUUACCCAUGUGAAGCAAAUGCAGAAAACAGCUGACCAAGUUAGUGAUGGUUUCUUUAUUCCUCUGGACUCUGAUGAAGUGCGAGUUGAACAGCUUGAAAAGAUACCUGGGGAAGAAGCUUCAUUUAGGGCGUCAAUCUGCUGUGAUUAUAGGCCUGGACUGUUGUCUGAUUUAAGAAAAACACUCGUCGCGCUUAACGUUUCCAUGGUCAGGUCGGAACUCUCUACAUUGGAAGGUCGCUUGAUGAUUGUAUUUUUCUUCUCAGCAAACAGAAGAAAGGACUUGAGCAGCACUAAGGAUGAUGAAGAACUCAAGCGGUCAGUUCACCAGGCUCUGAGUUCGACUGUGGAAAAGUUCACGGUAUCAUUAGAUUAUUCACCCCGGAUAAUAUGGCCGAACAAGAAGCGAAAGAUUUCUCAUCUUGAGUCAUCAAGCUCAUCCUCAUGAGCAUCAUAAUGCCACAAAAGAUCACAAGCAUAGCGGGCUCCACUUCCAGUAUUACCCUGUGGUAAUCAUGAAUCUCGUUAAAUUGAUUUCCAACUUUAGGGAGGGAACAUGUAAUGAAUUAAAGAGAUCUCUCAUAGUCUCAUUACCAUGGUUUAAGAAUGUGGGUGUAUGUUGAUUGAGAUUGUAUAAUACAUUUUCACUAUGAAAGUAAAUGGAACCUGGAAAUGGAUUUUUCUUUUUACUCAUGC